CGGCUGCAUACGUGCCAUACUUUAGUUGAAACUUGUGAUUACGAACACACGACAUGUCACGAAUUGCUUUUCUUUUCCUCAUUACUAUCAUGACAAUCACUGUCAUUGAUGUAAAUUGUCAGGAUGGGGAGAGGAAUUGUGGACCGAAUGAAACCUGGGAUUCAUGUGGUUCAGGCUGUGGCGAAGCUACUUGUCAUAAUCCUCGUCGAACCAAAGGAGUUAUGUGUCCUGCAGUGUGUGUCCCCGGAUGUUUCUGCAAUCGAGGAUGGAUCAGAAGUGAACCUAGGGGUUCAUGCGUUCGAAGCUGCUUCCCUUGACUUUAAUUACUGACGUUAUAAAAAACGGCGAUUAAUUCAGUUCGAAAACGCAGUCGACGAUUGACACUCUAUAUUUAUAUUUUUCUUUCUCGUUAAAUCUCUCCUAGGAUCUCCGAUCAUUAGCGAUGAUUAUUACCAAUGAUAGAAGAUAAUUCAAAUGAAAACUAACAAUUAAAAUUGGAAAUAGAAUAUAUAAUAAACAUUUGCAAGUGGAA